AUGGUUAUCAUAACCUGUAAAAUAUUGUUUAGCAAGAAUGAAUUUCUGUUGUUGACCACCUGCCAGGCCUGGCGGAUCAUCCUCCCUAAUGUGAUUGUUAACUUGCUGCUUGAGUUGAUGUUCGAGACUACUUUUAAUAGUAGUAAACUGAGUGUUGAAUUGCUCCAUAAGCUUAUUUUGGCCAAGCACAAUUGGACUCUUUUCCUCCUUAAUCUGCUCAGCCGCCUUGUCAAUCGCCGUCCUGGCCGCAUUCUUGAUCUGCUUUUGAGCUUCGCCGUCGAACUGGUUAACUGCUUCUUCAAGGCCACCAACUGCACUUUUAAGAUCUCUUGUGACUUCAUCUCUAAACUUCCUUUCAAUUUCUGUACUAACUUCAUUCCUCACUUCACCCAACCUCUUGUCCACGGCUUGGGCGGGGCUUUCCUUUUGGCCGGGGGGAGGAAGGGAAUUGUUUGUCGCCGCUUUAAGCUUCUCAUCAAGUUCCUCAGCAAUCGGCGUGAUAGUGUCCAGGAUGCCAGCGAUGUUUGCGCUAUCGGGGCUGAGAAACACUGA